ACCAAGAGAAGAAGAAGGAGGAGGAGACGAAGAAGAACCCUGUCCGCUACUGCGAGGUCGCGCAGCACGUGUAGAUGAGCGCCGGAGUGAUGUGAACGCGUUUAUUAUCGCUUUAACAACCGGGUUUUUUUUUGCUGUAGAGAUUGUUGUAGAUCUGUCGCAUCAGGACGGUUAAGCAUUUUACACUUAGUCUCCAAAAAUCUCAUUUUCUGAGAACCCGGGUAUGAUUGGCAGUAUGAAGUAUAUUCUGGUGACGGGCGGCGUGAUCUCAGGCAUCGGGAAAGGCAUUAUAGCCAGCAGCGUGGGAACCAUCCUCAAGUCCUGCGGCCUGCAUGUCACAGCCAUCAAGAUCGACCCCUACAUCAACAUAGAUGCAGGAACCUUCUCGCCGUACGAGCACGGUGAGGUGUUUGUUUUGGAUGAUGGGGGAGAGGUGGAUUUGGAUCUGGGCAACUAUGAGCGUUUUCUGGACAUCAGACUCACUAAAGACAACAACCUGACCACCGGAAAAAUCUACCAAUCUGUCAUCAACAAAGAGCGCAGGGGAGAUUACCUGGGCAAAACCGUACAGGUGGUGCCGCACAUAACUGAUGCGAUUCAGGAGUGGGUGAUGCGUCAAGCUAAAGUUUCUGUAGACGAUGACGAUGUUGAGCCCCAGGUUUGCGUCAUUGAGUUGGGCGGUACGGUCGGAGAUAUAGAGAGCAUGCCUUUCAUCGAGGCCUUCAGACAGUUCCAGUUUAAAGUGAAGAGAGAGAAUUUCUGCAAUAUUCACGUCAGUCUGGUACCACAGCCCAGCGCUACAGGAGAGCAGAAGACCAAACCCACGCAGAACAGUGUGAGGGAGCUCAGAGGACUGGGACUGUCACCUGACCUGGUAAUGUGUCGUUGCUCCACUCCACUUGAUAACUCGGUGAAAGAGAAGAUAUCCAUGUUCUGUCAUGUGGAACCUGAACAGGUGAUCUGCGUACACGAUGUGUCGUCCAUCUACAGAGUGCCGCUGCUCUUAGAAGACCAGGGCGUUGUGGGAUAUUUCUGUCGCAGACUGAACCUGCCCAUUGAAACCAGACCCAGGAAAAUGCUCGCAAAGUGGAAAGAGAUGUCAGACAGGUCAGACAGGCUGUUGGAGCAAUGCUCCAUUGCUCUGGUAGGGAAAUACACCAAGUUUUCAGACUCGUAUGCCUCUGUGAUCAAAGCCCUGGAGCACUCCGCUCUCGCCAUCAGCCACAAACUAGAGGUUAAGUACGUUGACUCUGCAGAUUUGGAGGCCGGUACGUUACAGGAGGAACCUGUGAAGUACCACGAGGCCUGGCAGAAACUCUGCAGUGCGGAUGGUAUUUUAGUACCUGGAGGUUUUGGAGUACGAGGGACGGAGGGCAAGAUUCAAGCCAUCAGCUGGGCCAGGAAACAGAAGAAGCCUUUCCUCGGUGUGUGUUUGGGGAUGCAGCUCGCUGUGUGUGAAUUUGCUAGGAACAUGUUGGAUUGGAAAGAUGCCAACUCCACAGAAUUUGACCCAGAAACUAAAUAUCCAGUGGUGAUUGACAUGCCAGAGCACAAUCCAGGGCAGAUGGGUGGCACCAUGCGGCUGGGGAAAAGGAGAACCAUUUUCAAAACCGAAAACAGCAUACUUCGAAAACUGUAUGGAGAUGUAGAUUAUGUUGAGGAAAGACACAGACAUCGCUUCGAGGUGAACCCAGAGCUGAAGCUGCAUUUUGAGAAGAAGGGCUUUCGUUUUGUGGGUCAGGACGUGGAGGGCGAGAGAAUGGAGGUCAUAGAGCUGGACGAUCACCCGUAUUUUGUUGGUGUCCAGUAUCACCCAGAAUUCACAUCCAGACCCAUUAAACCGUCUCCGCCGUACCUGGGCCUCCUGCUGGCCGCUGCCGGGAGGCUUCCAGGUUAUCUUCAGAAAGGCUGUCGGCUCUCACCACGAGAAACAUACAGCGACCGGAGCAGCAGCAGUUCUCCAGACUUAGAGAUGGCAGACUUCAAACUAUGCUCACUCGCUCAGGAAUGAGUCGGUUCAUGUGCUUUCUGAUAAGGAUGUGCUACUGGAAUGCAGUUAUAGAUUAUCCAGUUGCAAGGGAACAGGAUUUGACGAGACUGGCAGCGCCAUUUGUUUUGAACCUGUUGUACAUGCAUGUGAUGUUGCCGUUUAAACUUGCUCUGGACAACUAGUGGACCUAGUAGUCAUUUGUUCACUAAAAACUCAGAACACGUUUAACCAUUAACUUUGAUACUGUAAUAUUAACAGUAUUUCACUUUUGUAAUGUUUAAGUUUACAUUUUACUAAAACUGUAAAUAAAAGCAUGAAUAUUUCAUACCC